CUUCUGCGCAUGCGCUGUAGAAAAAUAUAAAAUAGCAUUUCGGAGGCAUUUUGUGAAAUUGUCUUAUUUGAACUGAAUUUACACAAAGUAUUGGACAGCUAGAGUUGAAUUAUACAUUCUUUUGGAUAAACUACUUAGCAGUGAUCAAAUUGAAAUAGAAUAUUAAUAUAAAACUACCAUAUGCCAGCAGAAAUGGAAGACGAACGUUCCAAAAGAAGAUCCAGGAGCAAAGAUCGCGAUAGAGAACGUAAGAGGUCUAGAAGUCCACGAAGAAGAUCUAAAGAAAGAGAUAGAGACCGCAGAAGAAGUCGCUCCAAGGAUAGAACAGAGAAGCGAACACGAAGGAAGAAGCCAUACAAAUACUGGGAUGUUCCCCCACCAGGCUAUGAACAUCUAACUGUAGCUCAGUAUAAAGCAAUGGAAGGCACUGGUCAAGCAGUCCCACGUGUUGAAAAUGUACCAGAAGUCGAUAUGACAUUCACAACUACAAUGCCCUUUACUGGUAGUGCUAUCAGUCGACAGGCACGUCGUCUCUAUGUAGGAAAUAUACCAUUUGGUGUUACUGAAGAGGCCAUGAUGUCCUUUUUCAACCACCAGAUGAAAGUUACAGGGUUAGCCCAAACAGAGGGGAAUCCCAUCAUAGCUUGCCAGGUCAACCUGGAUAAAAACUUUGCUUUCCUUGAGUUCCGGUCAGUAGACGAAACAACCCAAGCUAUGGCGUUUGAUGGCAUCAACUUCCAAGGCCAAUCUCUUAAAAUAAGACGUCCUCGUGAUUAUCAGCCAUUGCCUGGUGUUGCUGAAACACCCAAUGUUGCUGUACCAGGUGUUGUAUCCACUGUGGUACAGGAUUCUCCACACAAGAUCUUUAUAGGUGGACUGCCUAAUUAUCUCAAUGAGGAUCAGGUCAAGGAGCUGUUGAUCUCAUUCGGUCCGUUGAAGGCAUUCAAUCUUGUGAAAGACAGCGCUACUGGUCUCUCGAAGGGCUACGCUUUCUGUGAAUAUGUUGACCCUGGCAUCACAGACCAGGCGUGUGCUGGUUUGAUGGGAAUGCAGCUUGGAGACAAAAAGUUAAUAGUACAGAGAGCUAGCAUGGGAGCCAAGAAUGCACAGACUGCGAACCAAGCUCCAGUGCAGAUCCAGGUGCCAGGCUUGAAUUUGGCGCAAUCGGGCCAACCUACAGAGGUGCUGUGCCUCAUGAACAUGAUCACACCAGAGGAACUGGAAGAUGAGGAGGAAUAUGAUGAUAUUGUUGAAGAUAUCCGUGAGGAAUGUGGAAAAUAUGGUGCCGUGAAGAGUCUUGAGAUCCCAAGGCCUAUACAAGGUGUUGAAGUUCCUGGAUGUGGCAAGAUAUAUGUCGAGUUCAACUCUAUAAUUGACUGCCAGAAAGCUCUGCAAGGAUUAACUGGGCGUAAAUUUGCCAGUCGGGUCGUGGUGACAUCAUUUUAUGAUCCUGAUCGAUAUCACAGGAGAGAAUUUUAAAUGUACAUUCAAAGACACUCACAAGGGUGGCCUUGUAUUUUAAUUCUGACAACUUAUGAUGUUGUCUAGAUAGCUUAACAGAAACAUGGGUGUUAUUAAAACAGUGUUAAGUUAUAAAUUACAUCAACAUUCUCAAUUUUGCUGAGCUCAUCUUUGAACUUUUUAACAUUGACUGGCUAUGGAUUUUUUCUCAAUCUAAAGUGUGGACAUUAGAUGAAUUUUAAGAAUAAGUUGAAGAUUCCUGCAUUGUGAUGCUUAAGUUAAAUUGUAGAAUUAAUCUCAUAUUUUUAACACCCAAAUGAAAUUCCUUUUAAAAGAUGUUGUAUGCCAAGAAAUUCUUGUGUAUUGAGAAGUCCUAUUAUCUGUGGUGACUGAAACAAUUAUGGCAUAGGAGUUGUAAUAGUCUUGCAUCUGCCUCUAUUCCUGUCCUCUCAUCAUUUGCUACCAUUUGAAUGGGAAAUAGAUCAGGGAGAAGUGACCAGAGAAUAGAUGCAAGGCAAGAAAUUGAAAAUUCAAUUAUAUUUUUAAACUAACAGUUUGACUUUAUUAUUUUCAUAGCUUUUCUCCAUGUAUUUAUAGCAAGAAUGAAUCAUAAAGAAAUUAAUAAAUGUCAUUCAAAUGUAAAAAGAA